AUGAUUUCUAUUUAUUAUAUCUUAUUUAUUAUCUUCUUACAUUAUUCAUGUCAUAUCUUUCUUAUUGUAUUUUUUUCUUUCAUUUUUUUCUUAUUUUCUUUUAUGUUUCUUUAUUUCAUUUCUUCUUUAACACUUUUGUCACUUCUAUUAUCUUAUAUUUGUUUCUAUAAUAUUUAUCAUUUAGUGUUUUAUUAUUUUAAAUGUUCAGUUUGUCAUUUUGUUAUUUAUGUAUUUUUAUUCUUUAUUUUAUUAUUUCUUAUUAAUCAUUUAUUGUUUUGUAUAUUUUCAUUUCGUUUAUAUUUAAUUUAUAUUUCAUUGUAUAUGUUUAUAUUAUUUUCUUUGUUCUAUAUCUUCUUAUUUCUUUUAUAA